CGAGCCUACAUUCUCUCAUGGCUGACUUGGCAAACACUCAGCUUACCAUGAAAAGGGAGUUCGAGGAGAGUAUGAAUUCGUUGAGGGUAGGGAUGAAUUCGUUGAGAGACUUAUUGUUAUCGAGAUUGGGUGAUAACGUCGAGAAUGUCAAGAAGGAGAGGAAAGAUGAUGUUGUUGAAGUAGUCAACAUUAGCAGCGACAGCUCCUUCUCGCUGUCAGCAAGGAGUAAGCCAAAGAUGACAAGCACUGCCACCAAGAGAAAGGGAAAGGUUGUUUUGAAGUCUCCGGUUAGG